AUGUCACCCCAUAAGGUAUUAGCUGGCCCCCUUUUGCCUGGACUGAAGCUGAUUGGCCUGGGGGAGCGUCAGAGGGAAUACAUUGCCAGCCUCGAAAAGCAGCUGAGGCAACUGCGGCAAGAAGGUGUUCAGGCUACUGUUGAGGUUCAGGCAGCAGCUCGACAUGUUGCAGAAGAGAAUCGAUAUCUGAGAGAGCUCUGCUUUGUUGCUGGGCUUAGUCGGCAGACAGUUGAGGAAUGGCUCCAGAGAAAGAGACAGCUCGAAACUGAGAGACAAGGUCCCUGUCAACAGAGGUGCAACAUGGAUGUAGCAAGCCGGACAAGUGAUCGGACGAAGCAAGAUAUUGAUCCCAGUACGCAGAAGGAUGAUGUUCCGCAUUUGGACACUCCAUCUGCCACCUCUUCGCAGCAAUGUUCGGGCCAAUUUGACUCCAACGAUAAGAUCCGAAUCCUUGAUGCGUCAGAAGCACCUAUAGUGAGUGUUCCGCCGGCUAACAGUCAGACCCCCUCCAAGGCCGAGUUGAGUUCUUGCAUCGAGUCAUCGUCAUCUCGCAGUUGUCAGCAGCGUCAGGUGGGAAAAUCUACUUGCAACAAGGGCCUCCCUCCGCGGACCCUGCCCCCUUGCAAAAUACUUACUCGUCUCGCUGCCGAGCCCCAUACCGACAUAGCACAACUUACUGCCACCUCAGAUGAUGGGCUGGAUUCUGUCCAAGCAGGAGAUGAAAUUUCCUGCUCCCGUGCCCAUCAGCUACUGAUGCAGUAUGCCACCUCGGAGGAGAAGUUAGAUGCGAUAGCUGAGGUACUUGAAAACGGGCUCUGCUUGAUCUGUGUCUUUGAUGAGCCCCGUCUUGCUGGCAAUCAGUUAACUAAAUCGCCAGAUGGAAGGGAUUCACCACAAACAAAAUGUGUUCCCGGUUUCACUGGUCUCCUAGACACAUCUUUCUGUGACGUGUAA